GCGGUCUUGAUGUAUCUUGGCAACGUGACUCGUAAAUAUUUGGCCAUUGAUCGGAACCAACAAGUCGCAGCAGUGUUGUGAGCCAAAAGUGACAGUUGGACUGGCAGGUUAAUUUCCAAAAAUGGCAACUUUGCUUCCCCAGAAACCCCAAGCACAGGGAACUUAUACCUUUGCAAGUCAACCCAGGGCAGUACAGCAGAGGAAAAAAUAUAGAGAUGCGGGAGAAAUAGGUGGAGAUUUAGGAGUAGGGACCCAAGGCCCCCCUCAAUAUGGAAACAUUAUGUACGAUAAGAGAAUUGUCCGUGGAAAUACAUAUGCACAACACACACUGCCUGCGCAUGCACAACCAGAUCCAAUUGAAAUUCAGAGACAACAAGAAAAUAGACGUCGUGCAAUAGCUAGAAAGCGGGCAAAAGAACAACUACGCCCUCGAUCCCCAGAGCCUGUAGAAGGUCGUAAACACAUAGAUGUACAGACAGAAUUGUACCUGGAGGAACUGAGCGACCGUGUGGAGGAGGCUGAUGUAGAAGUACAAACUGAUGCCUUCCUUGACCGCCCACCAUCACCCAUGUUUGUACCAGCUAAGACAGGAUUGGACAUGGCCACACAGAUACUGGACGGAGAGCUGUUUGACUUUGAUGUGGAAGUGAAGCCAAUCCUAGAGGUGUUAGUGGGUAAGACUGUAGAACAAGCAUUACUAGAGGUGAUGGAGGAGGAGGAGCUAGCCAAUCUCCGCUCACAACAACGCGCCUUUGAAGAGUUGAGAAAUGCUGAACUUGUGGAACAACAGAGAUUGGAGGAACAAGAGCGACGACACAGGGAGGAAAAGGAAAGGCGUAUGAAACAACAGAGAGAGAUUUUGAAAAAGGAACACGAAACUUCAGAAAAAAUUGCUGCCAGAGCAUUUGCUCAAAGCUACCUCGCCGAUUUGGUGCCAACAGUGUUUGGAACAUUAUCAGACAAUGGUUACUUCUAUGAUCCUGUAGAGAGAGACAUUGAACAAGGAUUUAUGCCAUGGUUGAUGGACCAAGUUAAGGAACAAUUACACAAGGCCCAACUCGGCAGAAUGGUGCUAGAUGGAAUCCUACGGGAGGUGGUCAGCAAGCGUUUUGAUCAAUAUGCCAAGUUAGAUGAGAAAUUGAGGGAAAUGUUGGGAGACACAUUAGAGAUGGACAAAGGUGGCAACAGCUCAAACAAUGCCCCAGAGGAGGUACCAGCGCCAGCUGCAGCCACCACCACAGAGGCUGAGAAACCAGUGGAACCAGCCGAAGAGCCUGCUGAACAGAAAACAGAUGAGAGUGGAGGGGGAGAGCAGCAGACAGAGGGGGGAGAAGGUGAAGAGGAGGACUCAGGGGAGCCCAAGGAAUAAAUACUAGUUAAAGAAUAAUUAAAAUUUUAUACAUCUACCAACAGAAACAUGGAAAAACCCAGUAAACUAACAAAGUGGUUCUUUUGUUUACAAACUAUCGAACAACUCACAUUGAAACCAAAAGGAGGGCGGUGAAGAAGGAGACCAUUGCCAGACAUUCUGUGAUAUUUAUUGUCCUCUUGUUCAGAUUCUAAUUUUUCUAAUUCUACAGAAAACAUUUAUGAUUCAAGUUUUAAGUUGUUGCCUAAAUCUUAAAGAAAUAACAUUAUUU